CAAACGUCACUAUGGUAUCGGAAGGUGGAAUAACUAACUCUGUCACGAACUUCACCAGAAUCCCAAUGUCUUUAGCAACAUUUACAACCAUGGGCAACUUUUCUGGAAUGACUAAAACUGAUGCAGCUACUUCCACAGCAUCACCAAGUAACUUCACAGUCACCUCUAGCGCCCCUUCGGCUGCAGUGCUCCCCAGUGAUAACUCAUCAAUCAAUGCCACCACGUUGUUCCCCACCAGUAUUACUCUGACAUCACCCAUGGUGACUCAGGACAGUCACACAACAAACUUAAAACCCAUUCAGCAGACAACAGAGCAGAAUCAGAACUCUAGUAACACUUCUAAUACAUCAUCUAAUUCAGAAGAUGCGAAUGAAGAGAAAACCAACAAAGUAGGAAUAAUAGUUGGUGUCACUGUAGGAGCCAUUUUGGGAUCUAUAUUCAUUGGUCUGAUUGGGUAUUUGAUAUGGGGUAAGAAAAGUUCUGAGUCAUUUUCCCACAGACGGCUUUAUGAUGAUACAAGGAAUGACCCAGUUCUCCACUUAGACAGCUCACUUGGACCAUAUGAUACCCAUUUUGGACGUGUGUCACAUGGCAACACCAGCACAGCAGACAAGGCUGAGGAAGACAACACAGGGAGCUCAUCCUAUGACAUUCCUAUGGCUGACAUUGCAUCAUCCCUCCCUUCGCUGUAAUAUUCACUUCAGGUUAUAUUCUCAUCUCUUAUCUACAGAUUAUAUUCUCACCUGUUAUCUACACCCUUUCCUUUUUUUUCCCCAAAUGACCUGGCAGCUGUUAUCUUACAGCCUUUGCUGUGCAAACCAUGUUUGGAAAGCAAGUGGAAAAUCACAA